UCUUUUAACAUGCAUAAAAGAUAGUAGCUUUCUUAUUUUCUAACAUUUUUCCAAAAUUAGGAAGUGACAAGAAAAUCUUAGAUCAUAUAAAUUUGGGAGAAUUCUUGCCUGGAUUAAUUAUAUACAGAAUUACCAGCAACGUCCCUUACAUCAGUGAUCGAUGGACUUGUUGAUCGUUUUUCUUUUGGUAUUGGCAUUUGCUCAUGCUCUUAAGUUUGUUGUAAAGGGAAGCAAAACAACUCGAGGCAAGCUUCCUCCUGGCCCAUCACCUUUGCCAAUCAUAGGCAACCUCUUCGAUCUUGGCGACAAACCUCACAGGUCAUUAGCCAAGCUUGCCAAGAUUCAUGGCCCGUUGAUGAGUCUUAAACUUGGCCAAAUAACGACAGUAGUCAUUUCCUCGUCAUCCUUGGCUAAAGAAGUCCUUCAGAAACAUGAUCUCAGUUUCUCUAACCGAACUGUGGUUCAGGCAAUCCAAGCACUUGAUCAUCAUGAAGCUUCCAUGCCAUGGUUACCUGUUGGCGCGCCAUGGAGAAAUCUGAGAAAGAUCUGCAGCUUUUAUAUCUUCACUAAUCAGAAACUCGACGCAAAUCAAGACCUUCGGUGCAAGAAAAUUCAAGAACUACUUGCUGAUGUUCAAGAAUGUUGCUGUGCUGGUGCAGUCGUAGACAUCGGCGAAGCAGCUUUUAAAACUAUGCUCAACACCUUGUCAAGUAGCGUUUUCUCGCUAGACUUGACAGAUUCAAGUUCGGAAACUGUCCGAGAGUUUAAGGAGGCUGUAAGGGGCAUUAUGGAUGAGUUAGGAAGACCAAACUUGGCCGACUAUUUCCCUACACUUAGAAACAUUGAUCCACAAGGUAUAAAGCGUCGCAUGAGGAUUUACGUGGGGAGGAUGCUUGAUUUGUUUGAUCAUAUAAUCGAUGAAAGGUUGCAGUCAAGAAAAGAGCCCGGUUAUAUCCCAGCAAAUGACAUGCUUGAUACUCUUCUCAGUCUCGAUGAAAAUAACAAGGAGGAGAUGGAUAGGACUCGCAUCAAACACUUGUUUGUGGAUUUAUUUGCUGCUGGGACUGAUACAACUUCAAGCACAUUGGAAUGGGCGAUGACAGAACUUGUCUGCAACCCCAAGAUUUUAUCGAAAGCGAGAGAAGAGCUUGAACAGACUAUUGGCAAAGGCAGAUUGCUGGAGGAAUCGGACGCUCCCCGAUUGCCUUACUUGCAAGCAAUUAUCAAAGAAACCUUGAGAUUGCACCCACCAACUCCCUUAUUACUCCCCCGCACAGCUGGAGCAGAUGUAGAAAUGAAUGGCUGUACAGUUCCAAGAGAUGCUCAAGUACUGGUGAAUGCAUGGGCUAUUGGUAGAGAUCCAAGCGUAUGGAGAAACCCUGAAUCUUUCUUUCCGGAGAGAUUCUUAGGGUCAGAAAUUGAUGCUCGAGGCAGAGAUUUUGAGCUGAUACCAUUUGGUGCUGGAAGAAGGAUCUGCCCUGGAUUGUCAUUGGCCAUGAGAAUGUUGCACAUGAUGUUAGGGUCGCUUAUUGUAUCCUUUGAUUGGAAGCUUGAAAAUGGGGUUACACCAGAAAGCAUGGAUAUGGAAGAUAAGUUCGGGAUCACCUUACAGAAGGCUCAGCCACUGAAAGCUAUACCUAUACAGCUCUAAAAAAUUUACACGGGAAAAAUCAAACACAAGUAUAUGGCAGUGGCAUUCCGAUCAGAUUGGAAGACUUUUUCGUUUUCUGUUUAAUAGAAUAUAUAGUAACUUGCAUCACGACAUAAUUCGAGUAUUGAUCCUGCUCCUAUAACUUGAUCUGCUUGUGGUGCUAUUCUUAUUGGUUUGUUCUGCUGUUCUAGUUUGGCUCUGUCUUGACCUGCUGGUCAUGCUUCUCUUGGAUGUCUUAAGUACAUAAAUUAUGGAACAAACUUUGUUUUAUUGUUGU